AUGACACUCAAAGAUCCCUUCGUCGAGGCCUUUCUUGAUGCUUGUUACGAAGGCGACCUGCCAAAGACCCAGGAAGCCAUCGCCAGCGGACGGCUAAACUCCGAGGAUCUCGAUGACGGACUCGCAGAGGCAACUUCAAUGGCGCAUACGGAGCUCGUUGCAGCGCUCUUCGACGCUGGUGCUAGUGUAUCGGCCAAACCAGUGGACGCUCUCCCUAGGGACGGUCGCCUGGAGGUACAACACCCGGCCGUUGUUCGCCUCUUCUUUGGUCAUGGCCUUGAUCCUAACGCAACCGACUCUAAUGGCGAACCUAUUCUCGCCUUCAUGCAAGAUCCCGAAUGUGCUCGCGAAUUCCUCUCGCGGGGCGCUGAUCCCAACCGUGUCGGCCCGCAGGGAACACCUGUUUUACUCACUGCUAUUGCGUGCCUUCGAGAAGACGAUACGACUCUGCUUGAGCUGUUUCUCGAAUAUGGAGCCCGGCUAAAACCGGAACACCUCUUUGAGGCGCUAGGACGGCGCGACACGGAUUCACAAUUCAAGACUUCCUACCUUCUUGGAAAGGGCCUCGAUCCGAAUGCAUCCCACACUACAUGGGGCACUCCCCUGCAUUGCGCCAUCCGUAAUAACCACACAAGCGCUAUCAAAGUACUACUAGAUGCGGGAGCAGACCCCACAGUACGAUCAGAAGGCAGGCAUUUUCAUGGCAAAACCGCCUUGGAGGUGGCCGAGUGGGUGCGAAAUCCCAACGAUCGGUCGGCUAUUCUGAGCCUCCUUCAGUCUGCACAAGAGCGUGAUGCAAUAUCUCAAGAUAAGGAGAUGUCACAGUAG